UUGUAUACAAUAACAAGCGUGAUUCACUGUUUAAAAUUUUGAAAUUUAAAUUAAUAUUCUGCUACCAUAGAUAUCGUAUCUAGAUCGAUUGAUUAGUGCACCUAAAUCGUUUAAUUAGGAUGUCUAGAGUGUAAAUAAUGACUACAUUCUAGAAAUGUAGAUGUUUCAUAGUAAUGUAAAAUAGAAAUCUAGCUAUUACUUUGAAAAUGUGGAUCUUUGGUUAUGGAUCUCUGAUAUGGAAAGUCGAUUUUCCUUUUGAGGAAAAAGUGAUUGGUUGUAUAAAGGGGUAUAAAAGGCGAUUUCAUCAGCAUAGCACUGAUCAUAGAGGGACUCCUGAGAAGCCAGGAAGAGUUGUAACAUUAGAAGUUGGUUGUGAAGAGGAUGAAGUAUGGGGUGUAGCUUACAGAAUAAAAGAAGAUGACAUUGAAAAGGUUUCUGCACAUUUAGAUUAUCGUGAAAGAGGUGGAUAUUCAAAAAGAACUGUUACAUUCUAUCCAAAAGACAGUAAUAAGUCUUCGUUACAGUUACAUGUCUACAUAGGUACUGAAGAUAAUUAUAAUUAUGUUGGAGAAGCUCAUGAAGCAGACAUUGCUAAACAAAUUGUAGAUUCUGCAGGCCCAAGUGGCACCAAUAUAGAAUAUAUAUUAAAUUUAGCAAAGUCUAUGCGUGAAAUUGCACCUAACAUAAAUGAUGAACAUCUUUAUAAAAUAGAAAUGAAUGUAUUAAAACUCUUAGAAGAAAAAUAAAACUUUAUUCAAAUUCA